AUGCAAGUGCGUAGACGAGCGAGCAGUGCGGGAUCGAUUCGACGGAGUUCCGUCUCCGCUAGGGAUAUUGAAGCCAUUCAGAGGGCUAUGCAGAAACAGCGAGUCAUCUCUAACCAAUUGAUCACCGUUCUCCUCUUCGUGCUCCCCACAUUUUCCAUGUUCUACGCACAGUUAAUCUUCAUGAAUUCCGGGCAAUUCUAUCAGACCUUGAUUUCCCUCUUCCGACCCCCAUUCCUUCUACCACCAAUCAUCGAUAUCGUUGCAUGGAAGAUUGUGGCUGUUCUCCUCUCGAUACAACUUCUUUUCUAUUGGUUUUUACCUCAAGACACUGUCAUGGUACUCUCCACAUCUAUUGGAGAUCAUCGAAAAGCUGUGAACGGUUUCUCUUCAUUUCUUCUCAUGUUAUUGCUCUUCCCAUUGGGAGCAGCUCUCAAAUUUUAUAGACCCGAUCUCAUCUUUCUCCAUUUUCAUUCGAUUAUCGGUUGCUUGGCAAUAUUGGCGAUUUUCACGAUGAUUAUUUUAUAUGUCAGCUAUAGAUUAGGCGAUCAGAAUACAAUCGAUUCACUGAACGAAUUCUUCUUUGGAGUUGAAAUCUACCCAACAUGGGCUGAUAUUGAUUUGAAACAUUUCCUUCGUACUCGAAUCACUCUCACUUUAUGGGCACUUCACUCGAUUUCGGCUCUAUUCCAUCAACGACAUUUGAAGGGACAAAUUGAAAUUUCCGCCCUCUGUUUGUGUCUCCUUCAACUCUUCUACAUCUUCAAAUCUCUUUGGAAUGAAGAUCUAAUGCUGAAUGCGCUUGAUUCACGACGAGCCAAGUGUGGCUUCUAUCGGAUAUGGGGAGAUUUGGUGUUUUUCCCUCUUCUCUAUUGUGCACCAAUCACUACCAUAGUUCAACUGAAUAUCCGAAUCUCUUUCCCCGCCUAUAUUGCACUUAUGCUUAUCGGGACGAUUCUUAUCUUUUUCAGCUCAUUCGUUGAAAGACAAAAAUAUGAUUUUCGGAUAAAGAAAGGUAUGGUGAAGAUCUCUGGCAACGAUCCAUUCUUCAUUCAGGCUCGAUACAAAACAGAAACCGGUGAUGGUGCCUAUAAUUUACUAUUAGGAAGCGGUUAUUGGGGAUUUUGUCGACACCCGAACUAUGGAUGCGAAAUUUUGAUCUUCUUUUGCUUUUCAAUGUUUCAAGGGGCAAAGGCGGCCCAUUUCUAUUUCCCGUUGAUUUUUCUCGUUUUCUAUCUUGUUGCGAGGACGCUAAACGAUGAGAAUCGAUGUCUGGUUAAAUAUGGCUCAAGUUGGUGUCAGUACUGUCAACGAGUUCCCUAUCGCUUUUUCCCCGGCGUCUUU